UCAUUUGAUUGGUUAGUGAACUUCCCAUAGGUCUUCGAUCUUCAUAUUAUUUUUUCAUUUAGCACUCUCUCUCUAGGCUGCAUUAUCAUUAUUACUUUUCCUUUCGGACAUGGAAUGUCCACUCCGCCCACCAAAAUAGGGUCGAUACCAGGUUUGCUCCCAAGCAGAUCAUUUCAAGAAGUCUUCUCCUUCAUUGAUUCAUCACAAGAAACAAAGUUCAUUUUUUUGCAAUCCACAUGCCAGAAACGGGCUAGAAAGAGAAGACAAAUCAAUAACGGCGACAAGGGUUCAGAAUCAGAUCAACAACCCAUAAAUCAAUUCAUCUUCCUGCUGCGUCUUUUGUGUCUCCAACCCGUUUGGAACCUAGACUUAAACAGCAUUGUUGGCUUCCACUUUCCAGCUUCAUAAACUUUACAUUGAAAGAUGAGUUCCUUCCUUGGUUGUUUCUGCUCAAGGAAAGUUGGUGGUCAUCCUGGUCUUGAACAGCUUGCUAUUCUUGCUUCAGAAACUGCUUUCACUAUAAAUGAAGUAGAGGCUUUGCAUGAUCUUUACAAGAUGCUAAGCAAUUCCAUAGUUGAAGAUGGUCAUAUUCACAAGGAAGAAUUCCAACUUGCACUUUUCAACGGCAGGAGCGCGCAGAAUCUCUUUGUAGAUAGAUUAUUUGACUUGUUCAACCUUAAGAAGAAUGGGGUUAUUGAUUUUGAAGAAUUUGUUAGAUCAUUAAGUAUCUUCCACCCAAAGGCUCCUAAAGCAGACAAAAUUGCAUUUAUAUUUACACUGUUUGAUCUAAGGUGCACUGGCUACAUCGAGCCUGAAGAGUUGAAGGAGUUGGUUUUGGCUCAUCUGAAUGAGUCAGAGUUGACACUUCCAGAUGAUGCAAUUGAUGCCAUUGUCAACAGGACAAUCAAGGAAGCAGAUCUUAAAGGAGAUGGGAAGAUUGAUCCAGAAGAGUGGAAGGAAUUGGUAGCAAAGCAUCCAUCCAUACUAAACAUCAUGACUAUUCCAGAUUUGAAGGAAGUAACUCUGGCAUUUCCAAGCUUUGUGCUAAACACUGAAGUCAGAGAUUCAAAGCUAAUUUCAUGAGGAUUUGCAGAUAUUACUAAUUCUGAACGUGGAAGCACUGACCAAAAACCUAAGAACUUCCACAUAAGAUACUUGUGUAUGUUUGCACUUACAGAGCUGCACAAAGGUGAGAUUUAACUUUACUAAGGUUGCAAAAAGGCCAUGCUGGGACAGUUUUCGGUUAACACAUUUUCUAGUAACUCUUAUUUUCUCUCCUAGUGAGAUUAAGACUUGUAAUGUUUUUGUUUAUUGUCAUAUGUUGAGAUGAAAAAGAAACAACAAGAAACAAAAAGAAAAGUCUACUGAUUGAUG